CUCGCGCUCUCGUGUCCCAGCCCGGCAAGCUCGCGGCUCGAGUCUCUGCCAGCCCGACUUCAGCCCCGCCCUUCCUCUCCCAGCGGGUGCUCGGAGGCCUCCUCGGGCCUCUGCACCCCUCGCCCCUCGACGUCCCCGGCACCGCCCGACCCGGGGCGCUGGGGGAGCGCAUGGCGGCGGUGGGGCUGCGGACGGACCCCGGGGCCGGGGCCGAGGCGCUGGCCCUGGCGGCAGAACUGCAGGGCGAGACCACCUGCUCUAUAUGCCUGGAGCUCUUCCGCGAACCCGUGUCGGUCGAGUGCGGUCACAGCUUCUGCCGCUCCUGCAUAGCGCGCUGCUGGGAGCGCCCCGGCCCCGGCCCCGGCCCCGGCCCCGGCCCCGGCCCCGGCCCCGGCCCUACCGCAGCGCCGCGCGCGCUGCCCUGCCCGCUGCCCUGCCCCCAGUGCCGGGAGCCAGUGCGGCCCAGCCAGCUGCGGCCCAACCGGCAGCUGGCCUCGGUGGCCACGCUGCUGCGGCGCUUCAGCCUACCCGGGGCCGCGCCCGGCGAGCGCGCACUCGCGGAGGCGGCCUGGGCGGGUUGCGCCCUGCAUGGCGAACCACUCAAGCUCUACUGCCAGGACGACGGUCGCGCCAUUUGCGUGGUGUGCGACCGCGCCCGCGAACACCGCGCGCACGCGGUGCUGCCCCUGGAUGAGGCUGUGCAGGAGGCUAAGGAACUCCUGGAGUCCAGGCUGAAGGUCUUGAAGAAGGAUCUGGAGGACUAUGAAGCAUUUCGUUCCACUGAAGAGAAGGAGAGCAAGGAGCUUCUGAAGCAGAUGGCAGCUGAGCGAGAGAAGGCGGGCGCGGAGUUCCAGGCACUGAGGGCCUUCCUGGUGGAGCAGGAAGGCCGGCUCUUGGGCCGCCUGGAGGAGCUGUCCCGGGAGGUGACACAGAAGCGGAAUGAGAACAUAGCUCAGCUUGAGGGUGAGAUCACCCAGCUCUCCAAGCUCAGCAGCCAAAUCCAGGAGACAUCUCAAAAGCCUGACCUUGAAUUUCUCCAGGAAUUCAAAAACACCUUAAGCAGGUGCAGCAAUGUGCCUGGCCCCAAGCCCACCACAGUCUCUUCUGAGAUGAAAAAUAAAGUCUGGAAUGUUUCCCUCAAGACCUUUGUCUUAAAGGGGCUGCUCAAGAAGUUCAAAGAGGAUCUUCGAGAAGAACUGGAGAAAGAGGAGAAAGUGGAGCUGACCUUGGACCCAGACACCGCCAACCCCCGCCUCAUCCUCUCCCUGGAUCUUAAGAGCGUGCGCCUCGGGCAGCGGGCGCAGGACCUGCCCUGCCACCCAUGCCGCUUCGACACCAACACGCGAGUGCUGGCGUCCUGCGGCUUCUCCUCCGGCAGGCACCACUGGGAGGUGGAGGUGGGCUCCAAGGACGGCUGGGCCUUCGGUGUGGCGCGGGAGAGCGUGCGCCGCAAGGGCCUCACGCCCUUCACCCCGGAGGAGGGCGUGUGGGCGCUGCAGCUCCACAGCGGCAAGUACUGGGCGGUGACCAGCCCCGAACGGACACCCCUCAGCUGUGGCCACCUGUCCCGAGUGCGCGUGGCGCUGGAUCUGGAAGUGGGGGCCGUGUCCUUCUACGCCACGGAGGACAUGCGCCACCUCUACACCUUCCGCGUCAACUUCCACGAGCGCGUGUUUCCCCUUUUCUCUGUCUGCUCCACGGGCACCUACUUGCGAAUUUGGCCUUGAGGGGAGGCGUCCGCUUCCCAGGGAGGGUGAGUCACUCACAGGUGCCUUCUUCCAUGUUCAGGCCGCCCAGGGGAAGCACUGUUGCGCUCUGUCGCAGCCCCCCAGUUCCUUUGGGCCUGCCCUCCAGACACGGCCCCGGAGGCCCUAGACCACAACAUUGGAGUCUGCAGAGUGGGCGCUCUGCGGUCAACCCAGCAGGGGAAGAGGUGCCUUGGACCCUGGGGGCCUGUCCUCUACCUGUUGUCUGCAUGUGUAUCUGGCGCGAGCUGUGAGGCAGUGGAGGCUGGUGAGGACCUGAGCCCAGCUCCUGACAGAGGUACUUCCCGUCACUGGGGCUUACUGUCUGGUCUUAGCAGGUCUCCCCUUCUGUGGAGCAACACCAAGCCCAGUGCUGUCCUCAGGGCAUGCAGGAGCGUGUGGCCCAGACAGCCAAGUUCAUGAUCACUUCUGCUUUCCCUUCUUGUCAACUGUCAGCCCUGCCUUCAGACACCUGAUCCAUCUGGCCUGUGGUCUCUACUCAGGAAGGAGCAUUGUACUCCCAGCUGAAACAGCCUGAGCCAGAACUGGAAGGAGAUUCUUGUCUUGACCUGUAUGUAAGAGGAAAGCCCAGGACAUUGGCAUUUGGUGUGGCUACCUUCCAAUACCCUUAACCCAAUGAUACAGAAUGAUAUGUUCAUUCUUGGCCACGGUGACAGCCUUGUGUUCUCACAGAUGCCUAAACGCCUUUCAAAUACAAAGUAUAGUCUCCCUUGAGUAAGGAGACCAAAAGUUAGGGAAUUUUGAAACAUAGAAUAGCACUUAAAAUUUUACAAAUGUGACUAAUAUGAUCAUGGGAAUUCACAGAGCACAAAUAUGCCUCUCACAUACCCUUUCUGGAACUUGCUAAAUGUAUGCCAACAGCAGAGGACCCUGCUGUCAAGGUCUGCUCAGCCUAUGCCCUGCUUGGGGUGUUACUCCCUUGGCUAAUUGUUUGUUCCCUAGCUUUUGUUGGGUUGUCCCCUGCUUGGUACUUCCCAGGGAAGUGGGAUGAGGAGAUGGAAAUAUAGACUGAGCUCAUUUCUAGGGUGGCUUAGCUCAUUCUUGACUCCCACAGUCUGAGUGCAAGAGCACAGUAGGAGCAAAGGUUUCUGCUAGACUGGGUGAGCAGAUGUGUUUAAGUGUGUGAAGAAUGUGUGCAUGUGUGUUUGUAUCUCAGAUUGAAGGGGCAGGGGUGUGUGCGGAUUUUGGAGAGGGCAUUUAUCAGCAUGUGCAUAGGGUUUAGGAAAAUAGACCCAGGUCAUUUUGGUAAUAUCCUAUUUUUCAUUUGUUGUUAAAUAUUAACCAACCCCUAUUUAGGUGAGGGCCAUAGUUUCCUUCCCCACUACCUGGCUACUUGGCUAGAUGAAAGCCAGUCUCAGACCUAUUCUGUCCUGCACAGGUUGUUUAGACAGAUGUGUUGGCAUGUAGGGACAGUGACAAUUGAACAAUCUGGUCUGCAAGUGUCAUGGAGUUUUUGUACUCUAUCCCUGAGAUGCUUCAAACUUCCAUAUAAGGGUCUUAUAGGGUAGGCAUAACACUGUUCUAGAGGCAGACCCAGUCGACAUAGCAUGGUAAUCAGAAUCCAGUGUCCUAUGGGCUGGGGACAGGAUCAUCCAAGAGUCCAGCCUACAGGGGUGGCUCAGUCAGUCAAGCAACUGGCUCUUGAUUUUGGCUUGGGUCUGCACUGGGCAUGGAACCUGCUUAAGAUUCUCUCUCUCCCUCUCCCUCUGCACAACUCCCUUCACCCCAGCUUAUACUGUCCCUCUCUCCAAUAAAUAAAUAAAUCUUUAAAAAAUGA